AGCUGGACCUCAUCUACCUUCUUCUGUAGCUGGCAAUGGCGUUGUAAUCAUAUGGGUCCACUCGAAAAUUUGACCCGAAUAUCCUCUCUCCUCAAUCGGACCCACAUUCGGAGACUACAUACUCACCUACGGAACCUCUCCAAUAAUCAAUCAAAUUCGUUUUGCGUCAGAUCCCUCUUUCUUGAUUUUGAACCCAUUUGGUUCGAAUUUUGGUUUGUCCUAUUAGGUUUCCCGAUUUUGAUUGGCGGGAAAUCUGUUCUUACUUGUAGGCGAUUAUUUUUUCAAUUUGAGGAGAGAAUUUGAGUAGCAGAUCAGAGAAUUCUAGUGGUUUUUGUUGAAUAAGAGAUGGGUGUUUCGGAUAAUUCGACAGGGUUGCUACUGGCGGUGUUGUCUAGUGGAUUUAUCGGAACAAGUUUCAUAUUGAAGAAGAAAGGUCUUAAGCGUGCUGCUGCUUCCACUGGUUUUGGUGCAGGACAUGGAGGUUACACUUACCUACAAGAACCACUAUGGUGGGCUGGAAUGAUUACAAUGAUUGUUGGAGAGGCUGCAAAUUUUGUUGCUUAUGCUUAUGCUCCAGCUGUUCUUGUAACUCCUCUUGGUGCAUUGAGUAUAAUUGUUAGUGCGGUUUUGGCACACUUUUUGUUGAAAGAAAGGUUGAAGAGAUUGGGUGUUCUUGGAUGUGCUUCAUGCAUAGUGGGGUCCAUUGUAAUUGUCAUUCAUGCACCCUCUGAACACACUCCAACUUCUGUUGAAGAAAUAUGGAAUCUAGCAAUUGAACCAGCAUUCUUGAUAUAUGUAGCAGCUACAUUGUCAUUAGUAGCAGCUCUUGUGAUGCAUUUUGAACCAAGACAUGGGCAAACAAAUAUAUUGAUAUAUUUGGGGAUAUGUUCUUUAAUGGGUUCACUAACGGUUGUAAGCAUAAAGGCCAUUGGUAUUGCAGUAAAGCUUACUCUAGAGGGAAUCAGUCAGAUUUCAUAUCCUCAAACUUGGGUGUUUGUUACUGUUGCUGUGUUAUGUGUUAUUACACAGUUGAAUUAUCUUAACAAGGCUUUGGAUACAUUCAAUACAGCAAUUGUUUCCCCAAUAUAUUAUGUGAUGUUCACUUCACUAACAAUCAUCGCAAGUGUAAUAAUGUUCAAGGAUUGGAAAGAUCAGAAGGCUAGUGACAUAGUAUCUGAAAUAUGUGGAUUCAUCACUGUUCUUUCGGGGACAAUUAUUCUCCAUUCAACAAGAGAACAAGAACCAUCUUCACCACCAGGAAAUGUAACAUGGUAUGAUCAAAAUCCUAUAAAAUCCGUUGAGGAAGAUGAACAUUUAAUCACAGUUCAUAAUUCAGAUUAUUUCGACUAGAAAUCUCAUUUCAAGAUUUUAGUUCAUAAUUUCUUGGAGAUGCAUUGAAAUUGCAAUUGGGGUUGGGUCAAGGCAAAAGUUGCAAGGGUUUUAUUGGUCAAAAAAGGUUUUUAAACAUUGUAUCAUAUUUGAUACAAAGUCCCCAACCAAUUAUCAUUCCAUUGGCUCAAAUUGUUUGAAUUCUCAUCAAGAUUUGUACAUAUAUAUUCUUUUUUGUUUUUCUAUUUGUUCUUAUGAUUUUAGUUUGGUGUGU